AUGCACGAAUACGCUCAAGACGCUGUGACGUAUGUGCAAAACUAUGGAACUCCAGAUUUAUUCAUUACGUUCACAUGCAAUCCGAAGUGGACGGAAAUUGAACGUGAGUUGGAACCAGGCCAAAAUCCACAAGAUCGCCAUGACAUAAUCACCAGAGUAUUUCAACAAAAACUCAAGGUUAUGAUUGAUGUGCUUACUAAGUAUCAAGUUUUUGGUGACACACGUUGUAAUGACAUUAUAUUAGCUGAAAUUCCUGAUCCAGUCACUGAUUCCCAUCAACACGACAUUCUGACGACACAGAUGUUGCAUAGACCGUGCAAUGCAUUUAAUCCAUUAUCACCUUGCAUGGCUGAUGAAAAGUGCACAAAACGAUAUCUACGACCGUUAGUUGCUAAAACAGUCACAGGGAACCAUGGAUAUCCAGUUUAUCGUUGGCGUUCAAAAGAAGAUAAUGGUCGAACUAUCAAAGUUAAAGUUCAAAAUCAAGAGGUAGAGAUCGGAAAUAAAUUCAUUGUACCAUAUUGCCCACUGCUAUCACGAAUUUUCGAAACAUAUGCAAACGUUAAGAGUUGUCAUUCGGCCAAAUUAAUCAAAUAUCUGUGCAAGUACGUCACAAAAGGUAGCGACAUGGCCGUGUUUGGUAUUGCAUCGAAAAAUGCGAAUGACAAAAUCAUUGUAUAUUUAGCAGUGCAUUUGGAAAAUAGCCAAAGAGUUUACUUCACUAAGGCUAAUGCGGCACAACGUGCUGAGAGACCACUAUCGAUAACAUUGACUAGCUUCUUUGCAAUUGGUGAAGCAGAUCCAUUCGCAGCAACGCUGAUAUACGUUGAAAUGCCUAAGCAUUACACUUGGAAUCAAUCAACAAAGAAAUUCCAACGUCGCAAACAAGGAAGCACAGUUCCAGAUUGGCCACAGGUGUUUUCCACUGAUGCACUAGGUCGCAUGUAUACUGUUCAUCCUAGAAAUGAUGAAUGUUUUCAUUUGCGACUGCUGUUGCAAUUCACUGUUGACAUGUACGUCAAAGUCGAGACUGAACUACUAUUCAUUCGGAUGGUGAUGUUCAGAAUAUUAGAUGUCUGA